CUUUGCUCAGUGGGUCCGACGGGGGGCGGGCAGCUGAGAAUAGACAGUGUUCCUGUCCUUGAGAUAUGACAGCCCGGGGGUUUACCCAUCUGUAUUCCCGGGACGGUCAAAGGCUUCAGCGCGUCUUUCUAGCACCAUGUUGGGGGUUAUCGUCAGAGCUGCGCUGCGUCCAGGCAUUGCAAACCCAUGCCGUUUACUCAGAGCGGUAACGCAGAUAUCAGAGAGGUCCUUUGUUCAUCAGGAAGGUUUGCCCAAGCUACCUGUUCCGCCUCUGAAGCAGACGUGUGAGCGCUACCUGGCCGCCUUGGAGCCCAUCGUCAGCGAGGAAGAGCUGGAACACACUCGCGUUCUAAUACAGGAGUUCCUGAAGGGCGGAGUAGGAGAACGGCUCCAGAAGGGGCUUGAGAGACGCGCUAGAAAGACGGAUAACUGGGUAGAUAUUUGGCUCUGUCUGCCUUCGGUUUAUGUGAUUGGGCUCCAUUAUGGUAGAUAUAUGUGAGAACUGUGCUGUGCCUUUGUAUUUACCCCCUGCCUGAGUCCACUCUUCUAGAAGAUGUUUCCACUAGUUCUGCACAUCUAGUGACUAAAACUUCAGACCAGUCCUUUGGAAAGUAGUUUCAGCUCAGUCAAGUUGGAUGGAGAGCUUCUGUGGCCAUCGACUGUCAAGUCUUGCCACAGAUUCUCAAUUGGAUUUAGGCCUGGGCUUUGAGUAGACCACUGUCACACUUGAAUUUGUUUCAGUCUAAGGCUAGAAAGUAAGUCCAAUGUGUGGCCUCAGGGUUAUUUGCUAUUUGAAUUUUUUUGCAGCAUUGUCAAUUUAAGAAUGAUACAAAUUUGACCUGCCGCCACAGGUAUUUAUUGAGUCUUUUAAUUUUUCAUUAGGGCUAACCGAUUACAGACAGAUUCACAUCGUCUUACGAGGGAAAAGGUUAGCUGCAGCGACACAAGGUACUUGUGUUUAACAAAACUUGGAUAAGUGCUGCAAGCAUUUUUUAAAGAAAAAGUCUCACUUGUGAUAUUUUAGGAAUAGAAAAAAAAGAAAAUCAGUGGAGUCCAAAAUAAUUUGGAAACUAGAGGUCUUUUUUAUGGUAAACAAGCUUUAAAAUUUUUUGAUCUGCAGAUAUUUACCAGACAUUUACUAUGUUCCCCGUCGAGGCUUGUGGCAAACUGCAGAC